CGAAAUUCAACAGGCUGUAACUUUCGCAAUAAUGAUGCUGUCGAGAUCGUUCAGAAAGCACUUCAAAGCUUGAAGUCUCUAGCUUUUAACUACAUUGGGUAUAUUAAUGUUGUCGUUAAUUUUCGUCAAGAUAUUUCGAGUUAAACGGAAAAUGGCGACCGUUCAAUUUCAAAUUUCGUCCUUCAGUUAAGUUUUCAGAGCGAAAUAUUAUUUGAUUCGAUGUGACACAGGUAUUCUAAAGAGAAAACUUUCAACUUUUUACGUAUUUGUUAUCGAAUGUCAUAUGUAGCCAAGGACCGCAUAACACUUCCCCCUCCUAGUCGUACGCCUGCGCGAGAUGUCCCACCAUCUGAUGUCACUGGUCUCUUUCGAGACGAAGAACAAUUUCGUCUGAUUUCGUCAUAAGUGGACAGGGUGAUAGGCGGCGGGAGCGAUCGUCCUCGAGCGCGACAUUGUACGUGUGUAAACGCGUUCUCUGCUCUGACGUUUUCGACGCUGCAAGAAUGAGAAUUAUUCACAUCGGAUCGCGCGAAUGAGGAAUUACCGACACGGUGUUACCAUCCAUUGAACACAUAUGAUCGCAUUCAGGGCAACGGGAGCGUGCCAGGCCAAAUGUCAAACGGCCGCGGAUGAGUAUCGGCCGCCGAUUUGAUUCGCGUCGACUUGACGGAUCCGAACGAUAUCACGUGAAUCAUCCCCGCGGCGAUGAGGCGCAACGUCUCGUUCACAUCGUGCUCGUCGUAGUGGGAUCUCUUCGCAAGUAGCGACCGACGAAUCGACAACCGAGUCCGCUGAGGAACGAAGCGGGUAAACAUGAGCUCCGUUUGGAAACGUUUGCAGCGGGUGAACAAGCGUGCCGCGAAGUUUCAAUUUACCGUAUCCUAUCACGAGGUCACGCUCGAGACGACAACGAAAUGGAAACCGAACAAACUGAGCGUCGUUUGGACAAGACGCAGCAGAAGAGUUAACUCGGAACCCUUAGACUGGGAGCCAAGUCUGAGCGAUCCGUUGAAAGGUGUCAUUAGCUGGGCAGUUCCUGACAAUCAUACAGUUUCCGUGACAUUGUUUAAAGACCCACGAACGCACGAAUUAGAAGACAAAGAUUGGACAUUUGUUAUCGAGGAUGUGUCAUCAACGGGAAAGAGACGUCAUGUUGCUGCUACAAAUAUAAAUAUGAAAAAAUACGCAACUUUGGAGUCUAGUCAGCAGCAACUCAAACUAGAUUUGAAACCUACUUCUAAAAAAAUCGUCAGUGCUACAUUGGAAUGUACUUUAUCAUGUGUGUUUCUGCGAGAGGGCAAGGCGACGGACGAAGACAUGCAAAGUAUGGCGAGUUUAAUGUCGGUUAACAAUAACAGUGACAUUGCGCCAUUAGAUGAUUUCGAUAAUGAGGAUAUACCCGAAGAUGUCGAGGAGAUAUCUGUGAAAAAUCUAGAUGAGAUAUUAGAUAUCUCUGCACAACUCGAUUUAAUGACAAAUAGCCUCACUGAAAGUGAAUUACCCAGCACUCCUAUAAGCGUGGCAAGCCUGUCAAAGGAUGAUACGACUCCUGUAAACGAUGGGAAGCACCUUAUACGCGAUAUUAGUAUAACAGGAAUUGCAGAUCCUUCGCGAGAAAAGUCACCUGUCAAAGACAGUGUUGCUGUUGAGAACGAUAAAAACAUAGAACAUAGUACAUUGAGACUGCCAUUGCAACCAUUGGACCUUAAAAAGAAUGACGUGAAUGUGCCGAGGUUGAAGGAAAACACUCCCGGGCAAGACUUGUUGGAAUGGUGUAAGGAAGUCACUAAAGAUUAUCCGGGCGUCAAAGUCACUAAUCUAACAACAUCCUGGCGAAACGGAAUGGCGUUUUGCGCGAUCAUACACCAUUUCAGACCUGAUCUGAUAGACAUCGACUCAUUGUUGCCGCACGAUGUAAAAGGUAACUGCAAAAAGGCUUUCGACGCUGGCGAAGCUUUGGGCAUACCUAGAGUCAUAGAACCAGCGGACAUGGAUAUAUUAACUGUACCUGAUAAAUUAGCUGUGAUGACGUAUUUGUAUCAGUUGAGAGCGCAUUUUACCGGGCACGAAUUGGAGGUACACCAAAUCGGUAAAACGACGAACGAGUCGUCUUAUAUGAUCGGUAGAUUUAAUACGGACAACAACACGGACGUGAGCGUUCAGCUGUUCGGUCAGGAGAUCAUUAAUUUACGAAAGAAGGAGCAGAUUGAGCAGAAGAACAAUAAGACGGACUGUAACCGACGAUCGAAUCCAUUUGACAACAAGAAGGACGACAUAUGCAUCGAUUCGUUGAAGAACAAACUGCACUUGAGCCUGAAUACGGACAAUCAAGAUCACGAUCAGUGCAAUAAAGAUAAAUCGCCGUCCAGCGUGAAGGAAGUCAAGGAUAUCAUACUGGCGAGCUCGAAGAGCAUUUUGGGCAAAGUCUUGUCGCCGACCAAGGAGAAAUACUCGUCGAGAGAGAAGAGCAAGUCUCCGCCGAGAGUGCAACAAGCGCAGCAACGUCCGAUACUUAUGACCCGCCGGCAAUUAACCGAUCCGUUCGGCUCCGACGAUGAAGAGGAGAAUAUACAGAUAAUCGACGAGAAAUGCUCGCAAUCGAUCUCGUUUACCAAAUCACAAAGUCCGGUCCGUGACGACUUGGUGAAUUCUGGCGAUAGAGGAAGUCGAAGUAAUUUCGAGUGUCAGAGUGCAUCGCCACCGUAUGGGGAACAGCGUUCGCAACACUCGUUGGUUAGCCGACACGACGAAUUGCGAGAACGAGCGAGACAACUUCUAGAACAAGCCAGAAGCCAGACGAAGCCAGCCGGGUUCGUUUCCACCGCGAUCAGUCCCAUCGAGGUGCAAAAUGACGACGAGAGACAGCAGCAGUUGCGGGAAAGAGCGAGGCGCUUGAUUGCGGAGGUAAAAAUGGGCGUGACACCGAGCCAGAUAAACGACGACAAUAGCAGUGAUAGACGAUCGAUAGACGAUCAGAAUAACAGUCCUAGACGUAGCAUCACGCCGUCGACACCUGCCGAUAGACUCAGUAUAAAGUCUGAAUACAACGGGAACAUACUAGGAAGCGCGAGUGUGAUAGAAGGUGAUAAAAAGACCGGUUCGCCUUUGUAUUCUUUUUCGAAGAUCAUCGAGAAAAUCUCACCCGAUAAAGGAAGUCCCGACAGGACUCCGUAUACGCUGCGCGGGGUACGUCUGGGAAAGGACAUGACAUCGUACAUUCAAAACGAGCUCGAAGCGCUUGAGAGAGAACAGAACCAGAUCGAUAUACAGGCCGGCAAGCUGGAGAAAGAACUCAGGGCGGCCAUGGAAAGCGAUAACGAGGACGAGACGGAGAGACUAAUGUCUCUGUGGUUCACUCUCGUUAACAAGAAGAACGCACUUUUAAGAAGACAAAUGCAACUGAAUAUAUUGGAGAAGGAAGAUGACUUGGAGCGACGAUUCGAGCUUUUGAAUCGCGAACUAAGAAGCAUUCUUGCGGUGGAAGAAUGGCGCAAGACGUCCGAGCAAAAAAUGCGCGAGAAUUUAUUGUUAGAAGAAUUGGUGUCUAUUGUCAAUAAAAGAGACGAAUUAGUGCAUCAUCUUGAUACGCAAGAGAGAGCCAUCGAGGAUGACGAUGAAAUAGAACGCGACUUAUCUCGCGCCGGACUAGCUCAACGAAAUAAAAAUUGUGUUGUACAAUGAAGAGUUAAUUAUCUCUGUCAUGAUUUUUCAACGCUGUUUUAAAGGCAUGAUCGUUUUUGCUGUGGAGUUGCCAAAGAGUCGACAAAAUUAGAUGGAAAGUCAGAUACGUCGUUGAUAUUUUAUUAGGUUGUUUUACGGUUUUACGAAUGAAUCAUUUGUAAGGUUUCGUUCUUUUUUUAUCAUGUAUAGUAGAUUAAUUCACCAAGCGCAAUAUAUUCCACGUUUUGUUUUCAAUAAAAACUUGUCGGUAUCUGCAACGAAGGAAGAAACAAAAAAAAAGGUUAAAUCGAAGGAAAUAUCGAAACGUUAGGCAAAUUUUACUUUAGAACGAUGUGCGCAAGAUGUGCGAGAUUUUUUUGUAAAGUAUAUCGAGCACAAUGUUUAUCGUAAGGUAUAAUAAUCUAUUUCGCCGUGUGCUUUGAGUGGAAUAUUGUACGAUCGAUAGAAUCAAUAGCAUGCAAAUAAACGAAGCGAUACGCUCUGUGGUGGUGAGCACUUUAUAUGGAAUCAUAUACGAACGUACUUUUCAAUCAGUAGUAGAGAAGAAGAGACAUAUUUCUUUUAUAUAAUCGAGAGAUUCUGCGUUAGUAAAAGUAUCAGGAAUGUGGAUACACGGGAGGGAGUGCUCGAAAAAAGUAUGAGUUGAUGAUAGGGAUAUCUUUAUAACGGCGAAUAAAUUGCUGCUCUAUCACUAUUUAAGGAAGUUGAGGGAUGGAUCUCGUUAUGCGAGAAUGUUACGCGAAAAAGCAAUAUAGCAGAGGUAUCUCGCGUGUCAUUACUGAUCCUAGAAUUUAUGGAGGAUGAGUGAUCGGAAGCGUUAUGAAAGAAAGUAGACACAUCACAUCGGCGUUGUGUAUAUAUUUCUUCGAGCUCGUAAUAAUUGUUUCCACAUUGAGCAUUCACAUAUAUACUUUGACUGUGCCAUAUAAGCAUCGAGAAACUUUUUACAUUGUACUGUCGACGGGUUCAAUCGCGUCAGAAUGAAGCGCAGAAAUACGUGAUGAUUUUUAUCGGUGGUGUGUAAUCUUAAGGAAUCGUGAACAAAAAAGAAGCCAAUUCUUAUAUGGUAUGUUUGCGUAUAUGAUGUUGCGUUGGCUGUAAUUUUUUAAUAUGAUGUAGUGUGAUAUUUUUUUAAAUAUUUCGGCAUGUAGAUACGGUAAUGUCAUAUAAAGAAGAAGAAAGGAGACGAAUGAUCGUUCAAAAUUUCCUCAUUUUAGCGCUUAUUCGGCUUGCGCAAAUUUCGCGACGCAAGUAGAAAAUUUAUGACAAAUGCUCACAAAAGAAUGCUCGGAUGAACGUUGUGUCGAACAUAACGUUUGAAUUAACUGGUAAGUGAUUGUAACUUCUCUCUCUCUCUCUUUCUCUGUUAUUUAUUUGAAUCCAAAAUUACCGGAAGGAAUAUUACUCAAAGAGUAUAUUUUUUCCCCAAUAUAGUUGCUUUGUGAAACAAUACAAGUGCAGUCCUUAUUGAAAGCGAUGUUAUGUGUUAUGCAAAACGGAUGUUUAUUGGGAGAUUAGUCUCUCAUAGUACAAAGGAAUAUUUUUAAAAUGUUGUAAGUCCGUGUUGUGUGUCCGUUAUUACCGACCCGCUAUUAACAUCCGCUGCAUAUUUCGUGAUCUUCUAAAGUUGAGAUUAUACAGUAAGUUGCUUCUUUCUCUCUGUUAAAUAAUCUCUGUUCAGGUAUCCGCCAAUUGUGAACACUAAUAUAUAUAUAUAUAUAUAUAUAUAUACGCCGAUAUGUACAAACGAUUAUUCAUGAUUAUUGUUAAAAACGUAUUGAAAUGAUGUAUAUGCUCCUGAAACAUUGGAAUUCGAAUGAACGGUAUGACGAUUGAUUCGGCUGUAUAUGAACACAUACGUUCCAAGCAGACCAUAUAAAACCAUCUCCCGAAAGCACGAAUGUGUAUUGAAACACAUUUAGAAUAUAAUUGAAGCUUUAGAUAUAGAGAGUAUCGGGAACAUAUCCCCUUUUUUCGACAUCGUAAUAUAUAUGUCUAGUUAUAUAGUAUCAUAUAAUACCUUAAAUUGUAUCCUACGUUUAUAAUUAUCCUAUCUUUACUUUUACCUUUAUUGGUUGUCUUUGUUUCUCCCAAGAGAAACCAAUAAUUCAUUAAUUUCAAAUUGCCUUGAUAUUGGUAAAAAUUGAUGCUUGACGUUAAGAGAGAAAAAAAACAAUUAUUGAAACAUAUGCAGUUGGAACAAAACUCAAUUUUUAGCAGCAAUUCGAGAAGCAAUAAUUUACCAUUGCAACAUUUCUAAAUAUUCAUAUUUAUAUAUUCAUAUUCAUAAUUAAUUUAUUUUAUUCCAUAUUAUACGAAAAGUGAUUACAAAGGUAAUCGUUCUUGCCAAUGUCAUAGUCUUGUGGAAAAUACGCUGUUCUUUUCUCCUUAGCGCAUGUAAUCGUGAAUGAUGUAUGUGAGAGUGCAAGCAAGCGAGAAAAAAUAAAUAAAUCACGCAAUAUUUGCCAUUAAAUAAUAAGGAAAAACUUAUAUAAGGCAUUGCAGAGAAAGAAAUAAUAAAUACGAUAUUAUCCAUCUGAUUAA